AUUAAAGCAGCUUUAAGUCUUUUUUUUUAACUAUACUCAUGAUCACACACGUGUCUGUUCAUUCUGAAAACUAGCUUCAAACACACAUGACUCGUGCAGUCAUGGUAGGGCAGUGUGAAUAUUCAGAGCAGUGCUUCUAUGUGGCCUUACAGGGUCUGCCUGGUCUGGACAAAGCCGGGUCAGGAGCAAACACACCCAGAGGGAUCCUGGCCUCCCACAGCCCCAUGAGCCCUGAGAGCUUCAAACUGCUGCACCGCCACAGUGAGACAGGAAACGUAGGAAGUCUUCUGAUCCUGGCUGACGGGAUGGUGGUGGAGAACCCCGAGGACUUCUACCGCAUGCAGGCGAGCCCCUCCUCCUCCAGCCUUAGCUCCACCCACUCUGCUCCCUCUCAGAUGAUAAACUCCGCCCCCUCCACCAUCCGAGUCGGCUCUCCGUCUCUGCCGGAUAAAUACAGACACAACCGAGAGAUGCUGAUGCUGCUGCCGCCUCACAGAGACAGACCGAGCAGUGCCAUGUACUCCAACCUCACCGAGAACGGACAGCCAACAAACCUGCAGCGAGCGCUGUUCCAUCAGGUGAUCGGUCCGUGUAAACCCUGCAGUGACCCCAACCUGUCUGUGGCUGAGAAAGUCCUCACCACUCCCAGUAGUUGGAGUUUGGACAGCGGUACCAGAGAAGCCCUCCCCUUCCUCUCCGCCCAUGUUGGCAGUGUCAUGGCGCCUCCUGUCCCCCCACGCAACCUGCCUCACGGGCAACACCUGUCGAUGCACUUUGAUGCUUUCCACCACCAGGUCAGCGACCUCCCUCCAGCUCUCCCUGCGCGCUCCUUAAGAAAGUCCCCCCUGCACCCUAUACCUGCCUCGCCCACCAGUCCUCAGUCCAUCCUGGAUGGCAGUAACUCCACACUGUCGGGCAGCGCCAGCUCUGGAGUCUCCUCCCUCAGCGAGAGCAACUUCGGCGGCCCCGCCUCCUCCUCCGACCCCCCUGCCAGUCGCACAGACACCCUGGAGUCCGUCCCCAGCAGCCAGGCCUGGACCACCGACCAGGAGGACCUGGACUCGCCUUACCAGCCCGUCAGGUACAGCGUCUCUGAGCCUGAAGUCCUGGACGGAGUCAAACCUCCACCCUGCCGCAGCCACUCCGCCCCGGGAGGAGUCACCCCGGCUCAGGCAGGCGGUCAAAUCCAGCCCCAGGCUCCGAGUCCGGCCUCCAGCGGAGCUCCACAACAACAGCAGGACGGGCCGCAGCACCCCCAACACCACCACUUCUACCACCACCACUUCCACCCUCACUACCUCCCCCACCACCCGCCUCUCUACCACCUCCACGAGCCCCCCCCGGCCCUGCCCCCCAAACCCUACCUCAGAGAGGGCUGCAUCCCUGAAGAAGACCUCCUCAACACCCAGUCCGCCACGCCUCCUCCUGCUCCCCGACCAAUGCCGCGCAAGAUCUCGCAGCCCAUCAUCGCUGCGACCAAGGAGGAGCAGGCGAAGGUGGCGUGGGAGCACGGCAUCAGCGAGGAGUGAGACGUCUGCCGGGGAUUUAAGAAACUCUGAGAAGUGAAAUAAACCGAAAGAAACUUUUUACAGAAGAGAGAAAGAUGUGAACACCAGAAAAAAACUGAUAAAAGGAGAGUAGGAUCCUCUCAGGUGUUCAGGUCCGAUGAGGGUAAAAGUCAAAUCAUCUUUUGUUUCUUUCCGCCCGUCUUCAGCACAUCAGCUCUGUCGUCUUCAUCGUUAAAACACGAUCUUCCUCAUGUCACUGCUUCCUGUAACGAGCUCGUCCAGCUCUGUUUGUUAAAUCAAAGAAUCAUUAAUCACUGAAUCCCUCAUGAUAUAAUAUCCACCAUUACAUAUCCCUCAUUGUGUCACACCUCAUGCACAGCUCUCCAUCGAUGAUUCGACGUCUUAGUUAUUUUCUUUCAUCACAUCGAUCAAACUUUCAGUUUAAAAAGAAAUCAUGAAUCAUUUAUUCCUCAUGACAAGCUGCACUUUAACAACGUAACAAAGCACCAAAACGAAAAAGAAGCAUAACAAAUAAAACGUUCACAUAUUUUUUUAAACGAUGCAGAACUUUCACAGAGCGGAGGUUUUUAGAUGUUUUUGCUGAGGUUGCACAUUAUUUACACAACGAUAAAGACGUUAGAGCGAAGACUUAAGUCAGUUUUAAUCUCGCACAGCGACCAAUGGACGGACGCAAAGAAGCUCUACAUCCCCAUCCUGUUAUUCCACUGAUAACAAGAACAGAAAGAGACAGACAGAGUAUUUACAUUUACAAACAAGAAAUCAAAAAUGUGUUUAAAAUAUAUAAAUAUGUUCUAUUUAAUCCUGAAGGAGAAAUGUUAAAACAUGUAGAAAUAUGCAAGAGGAAGACUUCCUGAUCGGCUUGUAGCUGCUCGCUGCAGGCCGAUCGGCAACACGAUGAAAAGUAGUGUAGGUGUUCUGGGUCAUGUGAUCCACUGUGAAGGGACAGGUCACAUGAGCAUCACAUCAUGGAUUCAGUAAACAUGAUGUGAGUCACUGUUGUCAUUUGAAAGACAUUAUUACGUAUUUAAAAAAAAAAAGAUAGUAACUUUUUUUUUUGCAUCCAUUCAGUCGAGGAUGCAGAAAUUUGAAUUGAGGCUGCAGUGCAUCGUUUUGCACCUCGUAGAAGCGGGCCUGGCUUCAUGACUCACACUCAAACGCUCGCAGGUUUUUGACGCCGCAGCUCCUGAAAAGUGUCAGUCCAGGAGGGGAAACAGAUAGACCACCUUUAUAGAGAAUAUAAACUAUGAGAUAUAUAUAUAUAUCUAUAUAUCUAUAUAUAUAGAUAUAUAUAUACACCUUUUGCCAUUUUUUAUGAAAGUAAUAAACUGUACAUUUCUUAAUGAGGAAGCCGUUUUGUAUGCAUGUUCAGUGGUUAAAAGAGACUUUUUCCACAGAAACUAGUUAAAGCACUGGAGACGUGUUUGAAGUUCUCACUGGACUCUGACAGGAAGAUAAACGUUCUCUCUGACGUCCUGAUGUCAAAGAACUCUGAAGGGUUCAUUUAGUCUGCUUUGAAAAUGUAACACUUUUUUAUUAACCAGCUGCUUUGAUUAUGUUCUGUCAUCCCAUACUCCACCUCCUCUCUCUCUCUCUCUCUCUCUCUCCUGACAGCUGUUAGCUCACUUAGCUUAGCGUCCUAUCUACCACACUGUGUUAUGGUUAAGGCUGUUUAUUCACAGCUGCCAAAAAAGAACGACUGCGAAACCCUUCCCACAGUUUACAAUCUGUGCCCAAUUUACGUAGGGGCGCUAGAGGCAGGGUGGUUGGUUUGCACGCCCCAUGUGCUCAGGGCAAGCGGCCCAGGUCCAACCUGUGGCUGCUUUCCCACAUGUCAUUCCCCAUUUUCUCUUUCUCUCUCCCAGAGGUCUGAAUCUUCCCUCUCUCCUGUCUCUCCAGUGGAGGAUAAAAAAAAACAUAAUGAAUUUAGAAAUGUAAGUAAUGUCAGUGAAAGUCUCCCACAGGCAGAAAACAACUCAGAAGAGAAGUCGUUUGGCAGAAAAUACAUCUCCUGGCCUCUAAAAUACACACAGGACAAAUCAACUUGAAGAUCUUCCCAAUAUAAGAUAUUCAUCUGGGUUUUAAGAAAACCGUUUUGGACCUCAUUCACUUUUUUUUCAGGUAAUUUUCAAAUCAGAUAAUUACUCAGUAAUGAAAUCAUAAACUGGAGCCUGUGUUAACAGGAACCUCUGUUCCUGGAAAUAGAAGAUUUACUUUGAAGGUCUCAAAUUAUAUUAAAUCCACUUCUCCAUGUUCCUCUAACUCUAACAUGUGUCUCUAGUCUGUCUACAAACCCACCAAUGAUGCUCAUUUACAUAUUUAAAGGUACAGACA